CCUUGUUCGUUUAUGUUUGAUUUAGAUUAAGGUAAGAGUGGGAAAAAAGUCGAGACUUGCCAAUCCCUUUUUCACCUGGGGCAGGAAAGAUUUGUGCACAUGUUCUUGUUUUUGAUAGUGUCUCCGGCGAGAGGAAGUGGAAGCAAGAAUUUUCGCAGUCUUAUAGCUGGCUUCCUUGAUCGGGCUCAUUCCCAUCUCUUUCUCGUCGCGCGGCACCGCUUCGAUUGAUCGCUCGAUAGAACAGAGGCGGAGACAUCAAUUGCUAAGAGAUUUGAUUCGUAGCUUCAUCGUCUCUGACUGAAGGCUGUCGUUAUGGAUAUGGACGGAAAUAAGCGUGUGUUUCAUCGGCUUGGCGUACCCUCGACAGCCUCAGUCUCUUCGAGGCAGCAGCAGCAGGUGUGUUACCACUGGAAAGCAGGCAAGUGCAAUAGGCAUCCCUGCCCCUACCUCCACAGAGAAUUACCCACUCCAACGCAGCAAUCGAGCAAUGGGGCUGCUCCGAAGCGGUUUGCGGAGGAUUCCGGGUCUCAGUUCUUGCGGAGAGGCCCCAAGUUCACGGGCGGGUCCAAUACAUGGGGUCGGGUUCAUGGUGGCAAUGCCGUGCCGAAGAAGAUGGAGAAAUUGUGUAAUCACUGGGUCCAAGGGAGUUGUAAGUUUGCGGAUAAGUGUAGGUACUUGCAUUCUUGGAGUUUGGGUGAUUGUUUCGACAUGUUGUCCCAACUUGAAGGGCACCAGAAGGUUGUGACUGGGAUUGCUUUUCCAUCCGGCUCUAGUAAUCUUUACACCGGGAGCAAGGAUGAGACUCUAAGAGUCUGGGAUUGUCAGUCUGGCCAGUGUGCAGGUGUGGCCAAUCUUGGUGGUGAAAUUGGUUGUAUGAUAAGUGAAGGUCCAUGGGUGUUUGUUGGUUUACCAAAUCUCGUAAAGGCGUACAACACACAAAGUAAUGCGGACCUUAGUCUCAACGGUCCUGUUGGACAAGUUUAUGCCAUGGUUGUGGGUAAUGGCCUGCUAUUUGCUGGUAUUCAGGAUGGAUCUAUACUUGCAUGGAAGUUCAAUGCAGCUACCAAUUGCUUUGAGCCAGCUGCAUCACUUACAGGCCACACCCUUGGAGUGGUUUCAUUAGUGGUUGGAGCUAAUAGGCUUUACUCUGGUUCCAUGGACAAUUCAAUCAGGGUCUGGAAUCUCGAAACUCUGCAGUGCAUUCAAAUUUUGACAGAUCAUACCUCUGUUGUGAUGUCUGUUCUUUGCUGGGAUCAGUUUCUUUUGUCAUGCUCUUUAGACAAAACAGUAAAGGUUUGGGUUGCCACAGAUAGUGGGAAUUUGGAAGUGACAUACACGCACAAUGAGGAACAUGGUGUGCUUCAUCUAUGCGGAAUGCAUGAUUCAGAAGUCAAGCCAGUCUUGAUGUGCUCUUGCAAUGAUAAUUGCGUCCGCGUAUAUGAUCUCCCAUCAUUUGCUGAGAGGGGCAAGAUUUUUGCGAAAAAUGAGAUCCGAGCAAUUGAAGUCGGUCCUCCGGGGUUGUUCUUCACUGGUGAUGGAACUGGUCAAGUAAGAGUCUGGAAAUGGAGGGACUCACCUUGACAGCAUUAAUUUGUCCUCGUGACAAUCUGUAAUAUUCAUAAUUUUGCUUUUUCCCGGCCACUGGAAUAAUAUGUAUGCCUGCAAAAGGAAUUAGAAGAUGAGAAUGGUGGUUUUGUUUUCUCUGUGAUAGAUAGAAUCUCGAUUACUGUACUUAGCCAAAUGUCUAUCAGAAUUAUCAGGCUUCGUUUUACUUCUGAUGAACCUGAGAAGCACCUGGAUACAUUAAUCUGAAAAUUUUAACAGGGUUGAAUUUUUCUGAGUCAA